AUGAAAGUCUUCAUUGGGGCUUCAGGACCUGACAACGUCACCGUGUUGCCAAAAAACAAAGGUAUUAAGCAGUUCGAUCUUCAAGAAGAUAAGGAUUUUGGACCCUUUAUGGCCGUGGACCAUGCAAACAACAUCCUGGUGACGUAUCGCUACCACGGUCCUCCCAUCUUUUAUAACAAUUUACCAACCAGCAAGCUGCGGUACAUUGCCAAUGAACUAGAUGACUUAACUGGAGGAGCCAACACUGUCGUAGCUUUUGGCAUCUGGGCUCACUUCACCCAUUUCCCAAUGGAGGUCUACAUCCGGAGGCUGCUGGGCAUCCGCAGGGCGGUGAUGCGGCUGCUGGACAGAGCUCCACGCACGCUGGUCAUCAUCCGGACCGGGAACCCCAGAUCUUUGACACUUCAUUAUUCGCUAAUCCAUAGUGACUGGUACUCAAUGCAGCGUAAUAAGGUGCUCAGAGCCCUGUUCACAGGACUGAAUGUUCAUUGGAUCGAUGCCUGGGAGAUGGCCGUUGCUCACCACCUGCCACACAGCCUCCACCCACAGACUGCCAUUGUUAUGAAUAUGAUUGACAUUCUCCUGUCCCACAUUUGCCCCAAAAAGAGUGGCUAG